AUGAGAGAUUUAUUAGUUUUAGGAGGUACUUCACAUCCUAAUUUAACCAAAUCCAUAUGUCGAAAUUUAACAAUUCAACAAACUGAAGUUUUAUCAAAAAAAUUUUCCAAUGGUGAAACAUCAAUUGAAAUAAGUGAAAGUGUUCGAGAAAAAGAUGUAUUUAUUGUUCAAAGUAGUUGUGGACAUGUUAAUGAUAAUUUUUUAGAAUUAUUAAUUACUAUAGCUGCUUGUAAAACUGCAAGUGCAAAAAGAGUUACUGCUGUAUUACCAUUAUUUCCAUAUUCAAGACAACCUGAUAUUCCAUUUUUACCAAGUUUACUGGGAGCUCCAAGUAUUUCAGAAACUAAAGAAUAUUAUACAUUUGAAAGUGCACCAAGUACACCAAGGCCAUUAUCAAGAAAUUCAGAAUCCGGUAAAGAAUUAACAAAUAAUUCAAGUUCAUCACCAUUAGAAAAGAAGAUAAUUAAUAAUAAUAACCUUAAAAUGCCAAUACCCAAUAGAUCAGUCAAUUUUCAACCAAAAGCAAUAGUUACAAAUUCUGCAUCAGUAAACUUUUUACCUCAAGUUGAUGAAAAUGGUAAAACUGAAAGUGGCUAUAAACAAUGGAUCUCACCAAAUGGUACAUUAAUUGCAAAUUUAUUAACUACUGCAGGUGCUGAUAGAUUGGUUACUAUGGAUUUACAUGAUCCUCAAUUUCAAGGGUUUUUCAAUAUACCAGUUGAUAAUUUAUAUUCAAGACCACUUUUAAAGCAUUAUAUCAUGGAUUAUAUACCAAAUUAUCAAGAAUGUAUAAUAGUGAGUCCAGAUUCUGGUGGUGCUAAAAGAGCAACUGCAAUUGCUGAUUCAGUUGGAUGUUCAUUUGCAUUAAUUCAUAAAGAAAGAAGAGCUAAAUUUGCAAAUCAACCACCAAGUACUUCAUCUUCAUCAAUGAGUGUUUCAAUGUCGCAACAAAAAUCAUUAAAUAGUAAUUAUACUACAAUGAUUCCUACAACAAUGUUGGUUGGUGAUGUUAAAGAUAAAGUUUGUGUUUUAAUUGAUGAUUUAGUUGAUACUUCAUAUACUAUAACUCGUGCAGCUAAAUUAUUAAAAGAUGAAGGAGCAAAAUAUGUUUAUGCAUUAGUUACUCAUGGUGUUUUCAGUGGUGAUGCUAUAAAUAGAAUUAAAAAAUCAGGUAUUGAUAAAUUAGUAACUACAAAUUCAGUACCUCAAAGUGAACAUGUUGCAAUAUUAGGUGAUCAAAUUGAAGUUUUGGAUGUAAGUAGAAUAUUUGCUGAAUCGAUAAGAAGAAUAAAUAAUGGUGAAAGUGUAAGUAUGUUAUUUGAUUACGGAUGGUAG